AUGUCCUCCCCGCUGCUGGCUGAAGCCACGCGCAUUGCGCGCGAAUUCGACUACCCCGCUGAUCAGGUCCAGCGCGGUGUCGCCGAGUACAUUCGUCAGUCAAACGAAGGUUUGGCUAAAGAAAACACUACUCUGAGCCAGAUUCCGACUUUCGUCACUGCUGUACCAAAUGGUACAGAAAAGGGUCUGUACCUCGCUGUCGAUCUGGGUGGCACAAACUUCCGUGUCUGCUCUGUUCAGCUGCAUGGCGAUACUACCUUCUCCCUCACCCAGUCUAAGAUCAUGAUCCCACGCGAACUCAUGGCCUCCGGUACUUCGAAGGAUCUUUUCACUUUCCUCGCCCGUCAGAUUGAGGCUUUCCUGCGCAUUCAUCACAACGAACACUUUGAGGCUCAUCAGCGCCGGCGCAGAGAGGGCCAUGUGGAGGAGGAACUCUUUGAUCUGGGCUUUACUUUCAGUUUCCCCGUGCGCCAGUACGGAAUUAACUCCGGUACUCUCAUUCGGUGGACCAAGGGCUUCAAUAUUCCCGAUGCAGUUGGUCAUGAUGUUUGCGCUUUGCUCCAGUCUGCCAUUGAUCAUCUUGAUUUGCCGGUUCGCGUGGCUGCGCUCGUCAAUGAUACUGUUGGUACUCUGAUGGCUCGCUCAUAUACUUCUCCUGGUGAGACUGGUACUUUGAUUGGUGCUAUUUUCGGAACUGGAACCAAUGGCGCCUACGUUGAGAAGCUUGAGAAUAUUACCAAGCUUAAGCAUAUCAAGGAUGCUCACUAUGAUACUCACACUGGUGAAAUGAUUAUCAAUGCUGAGUGGGGUAGCUUUGAUAACCAACUUAGUGUUUUGCCCAGCACCAUCUACGAUCGUGACUUGGAUGCUGAUAGCAAUAACCCCGGUAUUCAAAUGUUCGAGAAGCGUGUCUCUGGUAUGUUCUUGGGUGAGAUUCUGCGUCGCGCUCUGCUGGACUUGUACAGCAAUGCUCAAGUCGGUCUCUUCAAGUCUACUGAGACCUCCGUGCCUUCUGAUUCCUUCUUACACCGCCAAUGGGGUCUCGAUACUAGCUUGCUGAGUGAUGUUGAGGGUGACAAUCUGCCACAAAUGCCUAAAAUCAAGGCUGCCCUGAAGGAGCACCUGGCUAUCGAAAAUCCUACCGAUGAUGACUGCAAGGCCGUUAAGGUCCUGACUCAUGCCAUUGGCAAGCGUGCCGCUCGCCUUAGCGCUGUCCCUCUUGCAGCCGUUCUAAUUCAUACCGGCAAGCUCGACACUGAUGAUAUUGUCGAUGUUGGUGUGGACGGCAGUGUUGUUGAGUUCUACCCCAACUUCGAGGGUCAUCUGCGCGAUGCUCUCCGGGAAGUUCCCGAAGUCGGUGUUGCCGGUGACAAGAAGGUCCGCAUUGGAAUCUCCAAGGAUGGUAGCGGUGUCGGUGCUGCUUUGAUUGCCUUGGUGGCUAGCAAGGAUGAGACUUUGAAAAACCCCACGGAGAAGAAAUCAUCUUGA